GCGAGGAAUUGCAGGAAACAGGCAAGAUAGUGAAGAUGAAGAUCAGAUUAGCAGGCAGCCUCCUACUCCCACCUUUUAAUGGCAUUGUGCUUUCGUUAUUGAGUGAAUUGUAAAGUUCAGAAUUUAGGAAUUUACCCUAACUAGUUUGUCCAGGUGUGUAUGCAACACAGCAUGUCUCCUUGUCUCCUCCCAUUCACCACAAAUUUCUAAAUGUGAAAACAUCUUCUAGAUUCUUAUCCCAUCAAAACUUUUAUCAAUUUAAAGAUCAUGACACCCUUUAAUCUGUGAAGCAUAUCCGCCUAUCCAGUUCACUUGUUGCUCUACCUCAGAUGCAUUUCUAUGUUAAAAUGAACAGUUUUCUGGCAAACUGCUCUGCUUUUUUCAGUGAGAUUGAUUUCAAAAAGACAGUAAAUGACGGCCCGGCUUUACGUCCUCGUGCUUCAUUAUUUGGUUUGACGCCGAGUCACCCGCGCGGUUGUUGCGCGGCCCCUGCCCGGUCUGCGCUGCUCUGCAUGAGCUGCUGGGGGCGCCGCUGUCCGCAGAGUUGCGGCUGGAGGUGAAGCAGCGCAGCGUAGCACCUCUCUCCCGUCUGUCUGUCUUCCUCUCCCCGCUGUUUGUGGAGUCACCCCGACCAGCAUUUUAUAAUGGAGGCGGACUCUAAUAAGUUAGCAAAAGCAGAAGAGAAUGCCUCCUACAACGGGGAUGCCACUUCAUUGCCAACAGACCUUCAAUUACAAGCCUCCGCCAAACCACAAGCAUAUGUGUGCACAUUGAGUCCACAGUUGAUUGCCAAGGCACAAGAAGAGCUUCAGGAGAAACCGGAAUGGAGACUUCGUGAUGCACAAGCCCUGAGAGAUAUGAUUUUGAAGGAAGCUCCAAGCCUAAAUACCCGUUUGGAUGAUGCCUUCUUACUACGGUUUCUCAGAGCACGCAAGUUUGAUUAUGACAGGGCAUUGAAGCUUCUAUUGAAUUACCAUGCAAACCAAAGGACAUGGCCUGAAGUGUUUGCCAACUUGAGGCCAUCUGCAAUAAAGCAUGUGUUGGAUUCUGGAUUUCUUACUGUUCUGCCUUAUCCUGAUCCACUUGGACGGCGUAUUUUGGUAAUUCGACCAGGAAGGUGGAAAAUUUCUGAUUAUCCCAUCACAGAAAACAUUCGUGCCAUUUAUAUAACGUUAGAGAAGCUUGUUCAGGCAGAAGAGAAUCAAGUGAAUGGAAUUGUCAUUCUUGCUGACUACAGUGGAGUUACAUUGUCUCAGGCUGCACAACUUGGUCCAUUCAUGGCCAAAAAGGUCAUUGGCAUUCUUCAGGAUGGAUUUCCAAUGAGAAUAAAAACUGUCAAUAUCAUCAAUGAGCCCAUUAUCUUUAAGGGUAUUUUUGCCAUCAUAAAACCUUUUCUGAAGGAGAAAAUGACUGAAAGGUUUGUUCUUCAUGGUUCAGACCUGAGCUCUCUUCACAAGGAUAUUCCACCGAACAUCCUUCCUCAAGAGUAUGGAGGUACAAUGGGAAAACUCAACACAACUGCCUGGACUGAGUCAUUGCUGGCAUUUGAGGAAGAAUUUGUUGCAGAAUUUGGUCAGAUACAUUCACCAACGGAUAAUUCACAUGCUCAGUUUGCAGAUGGGCCAAAUGAGCAGUCAGGUCAACAGUGUGAUGAUUCCUUUAGAGGAGUGAGGUCACAGUUGUAUUACUGUUAUUAACAAGACUCAUUGUUUGAUACCUUCCCUGAAAGAUUGUCUUUAUAUUUGGUGGUGGAGUGUUUAUACAAAUUAAUUGUGUGAUCACUUAAAAUAUGUAACUAUUUUGGGCUUUGGAGAGACUACCAUUUAGGUUUCUCACCUACAUAACUGUUACAGAAAUUCAGCAUGUUAAAAUUGGUGCUGAUAGACAAUAAUAAGCUAACAAUUAUAAAGAACCCAAUCCUUCGCAGUUUCUAUAAUGUUUUGCUAGUUUUUAUUAACAACUUUAUAGAAAGCCUUAGCUGCUACACUGUCAGAAUUUCAUGAAUUUCAGCAGUCCUUGUCAUCUUCUGCCAUCAUUUAUAUUACUUUGAUAAUGAAAAACCAAAAUUCAUAACCUACCCUGCCUGAUCCCACUUCCCAGAUCUAAUUCUGUAUCAUCAUCAGACACUGAACACCAAGUACACGCUCUCCAUAGGGAUUUUUUGGGGUUUAGAAGCUAGAUAUCUGAGCUGUAGUAAGUCUAAAGUCUGAUUUUUUUUUUAAAUCAAAUCAUAAAUUAAACAACUCUACAAAUUAAUACAAUGCUCAGUUGGUUCCAUCAUCCAGUUUCAUCAACAACCAGGAACAGGGAAGUGUUGCAAGAAAGUGGUUAGAGUCAAAGAAAUUAUUAAUAUCGAUAGUAUUCAUUCAGUAACUAUAAAUUCUGAAGUUUUGCUCUGGACAGUGCUAUUAUAGAGAGUACUGUAUUUAUUAAUAGGCAUUUACUUGAAGAGUACAUUGAAUAUAAAGUAUAACAAAAGAAAAGUUGCUAUAUUCAAUUUGUAAUAGAGCAAAAAAUUAUUUCCAAAGGCACUAUUUUCUAUUAGCAAAAUGCCAUGAAUGAAUAAAAUCAAUUUCCUUGCCUUACCACGCUUAAACCCCAUUUCAAGAUAAAACUAAAAAGAAAAAAAACCUCAGUAGUAUUUAAUCUUCUUUCAUUUGCUUUACUGUCAGUUGCACACCAGAUAGAUGACUAAAAUAUACUAGCUUGUGAAUUUUUCAAAAAUUGAUUAAGUAUUACUAAAUAAAAAAUGUAAAGUUUGCCAUAUCUCUUCCAUCUUGACCUGGCUGCACUGUAUAGAUGGUUUAGGCAGGCCUGGAGUGUGACCAUUGUCAUCAGUAAUAUGUAGUUUCAGCAAUAUAAUUACAAAAGACUGAAUUGGCAUUAUUUUUAAGUUCCAUAUUUUAUAAUUCAUCAUAUAGUAAUUUACCAAAAGAAUUCAUGUAGCUCAGUUUUCAGAAGUAUAAUUAACUUUAUUUUACCCCUAAAAGAAGUAUCUAAUGUUACAGAUUAUGUAAGAAGCAAGAAUGCAGUACUCUUGUCAUUGCAUUUGAACUGUAGGCACUAAAGUACAAAGUAUACACUGAAUCAAACUGUUACAUUUAUGAACCCCACCCCCCCCCCCCCCAAGCCUAAAUAGCAAAACAUGCUGAAGGAAAAUAAACAGUAUCAAAGAUUGACAUCUGUAAUUCCUUUGCUGCUCACCGAAUGUGUGCAAGUUAUAGAAAAGUGCAAAAUUAUCAUUGUUUCUACUAAUAUUGUCAAAUUCACAGACAUGUAUUGAAAAAGGGCAUAAGUAUUCAAUAGUAUUGUGACUGGGAUUCAGCUAACCCUGGUUCAUUUAUUUUUUCAUAUUUUGUGUUAAAUUGUAAAACCCAUUGAUUGGGGAGUUUCAACUCAACAUUUUAAGUUUCUUAAUUGCUGAGAGUUGCUACUCAAUGUUAUGGUAUUGUGUUCAAAGAGCUGUUGUAUUUAUCAACGUAGAAAUGGAUUAUGUGUACAAAAUUGAAAAUUGUUAUUUUAACAAUUAUUUUUACAAUGUAAUUAGACUUAAUAGUAACUACUGACUUUUUUAGUGUACUUAUGGCUCAAUGUAUAGUAUGUGGAGGAUCAGCUCUUAGUGUAUCCAUUUUGAAAUAUGAUUAUAGGGAUGGGUGGAACAAGAGUCUUCAGUAAGGCAGUACAGUGCUAAUCAGCCUGAAGGUCAUAGCCUACUUCAUUCUACAGGUUCACGAUGUUAGUCCCUUCCUCUAGCGUGAAGAGGUAACUUCUAUUACUGAUUGUCAGUUUAAGAAAAUAUCUUGGCCAAUGUCAUUGGCACUUGUCAGCAGGUUAGCACCGUAUUGAUAUGAACAUUUGUAGAUAGGAAUGCAGAAAGGUUCAAUAAGUAUAAAACUGACUUAGUGAUUUUUGUUUAUUGCUCGAAAUAGGCAGAUGUCUUUUUUUAGUAGUAUAACUUAUGUGAUGGUACUCUUAACUAGUAAACACCCUCAAAAGUCAAAAUUCCUUUUCUCAAGAGAGACUACAAUCCAACGGAUUCACUAUGUGUUUUUGAGGAUCUUGAUUUCUACUGGAAGUUUUACCCAUGUCAUUUGGAAGAGGAACAACUUGAAAGUUAAAUUAAUAUUCUUAAAUCUGAAUCACUAUUUGGUCUGCUGCUGGCAAAAUUCCUGACCACACUGCCCUGCAUGUUAGUGUUUGCAUUAACUCAGCUGGAGUUUGAAGUGGCUAAUGGGAAAUUUGCUGUUUUUUCUGAACGUUCCAAUAACAAUAUUUGGUUCACAAUUCCUUUAUCAGUUUACCAGUUAAUUUUACCAUAGUCUAAUUUUGAUCAAAGUGAAAUAUGGGACGAUCCUUUGAAAAUGGAAGGCAGCUUUGUAAGCAGUUUAUAGCUUAAUUUGGCAUUAGAGAAUUUCAUGUUUAGCCUGUGGUAUCUAUUGGAUAAUUAAACACUUUUUUUAAUAUUUUACAUAUAAAUUCAGAGAUAAGCAAAGAUAGAAACUGACAUCAUAAUGUUCAAAUUGUCAGUAAAAUUGUUUUUAUUCGAUGUUCAUGUAAUCAAAUUAUUUUUAAUGACUUUUAAAAAGCAGGACAUCCUUUAAAGAAGGCUGCCAGAAACUAGGUAAACCAUAAAAGUGUGGAGCUUUGGAGAUCAUUAACUUACCUGUAAGGCUGAAAGGAGCACUAUUUAAUCCUCUGUAAUAAUUAGCAAACCACUCUUAACUGGCAGAAACACCAUGACAGUAUCCCUAUCAAAUUUGGUUAGAAAUAUACAAUAAUUGAGAUCCCUUGGAGUAUUAGGGUAAAGUCUCCUUACUUGAGGACUUAAAGCAAACAAACAUCCCAUAAAUUUAAGAGGACAAACCAUGCGUUUGUCCAUCUGUGAGGAACUUCGCACAAUAACAUUGGAAAUAGAGAAGUGCCUAGUUGCAAUAUGGUAGGCACCUGUUUUUUGGUGUGCACAAGGAUUAAAAUGGAUUCUUGAGGAACAGUGGAAGACUUUCAAAGAGAUUUUUCACAAUGCUUAACAAAAGUAUAUUCCAGUUAAAAGCAUGGACGGUAAGGAUGGAGAGAGAAAGCCUUGGAUACCUAAGGAAAUAAAGGAAGUCUUCAAACUAAAAGGCCAUGCAUCCAAAUUUGCCAAUAGAACUGGGAAACGUGAAGAUUGGGAAAACUUCAAAAAGCAGCAAAGAACUACUAAACAAACAAUAAAGAGAAGAUAGAUUAUAAAGACAAAUGAGCACAAAAUGUAAAAACAGAUAGUAAAACUUUCUAUAACUACACAAAGCAAAAUAAAGGGUGGCUAAAGUGAAUGUAGAUCCCGUGAAAGACGAAAAGAGUGAAUUAUUGGGUUAUGCUGAAAUGGCCGAAACUUUUAAUUUCUAUUUUUUAUUGGUUUUCCCAAUGGAGGACAUGUCUAGCAUGUCAAAGGGAGAUGUUAUGGGAGGCAAGAUCCUUGAUACAAUCAUUAUCAUUAAAGAGAUAGUCCUGAGUAAACUAGUGGGCCUAAAGGUCAAUAAAUUCCCUGGUCCUGAUGGAAUGUAUCCCAAGCUACUGAAAGAACUGACAGAAGCUACAGGGACAUGUAUGAUCAUUUCCAAAAAUUCUCUGAAUUCUGGACAUGUCCCAUCAGAUUGAAAGACAGUGAAUAUCACACCAUUAUUUAAAAAAGAAUGUAGGCAAAAGGCAGGUAACUAUAGACUACAUCUGUAGUCAGGAAAAUGCUUGCAGUUACCAUUAAUAAGAAAUUACCAUCUAGAUAGCAAUGGUUCCAGCAACUGAACACAGCAUGGAUUCAAGAAGCACAGGUCCUGUCUUAUAAUCUUGCUAGAGUUCUUCGAAAGUAUAAUGAGCAGUGGGUAAAGGUGAACAGGUGGCUGUUCUAUACUUAGAUUUCCAGAAGACAUUUGAUAAGGUGCCAUAUAAAAGACAUGUCCAUAAGGAUGCAUGGAAUUUAGGUUACUGUGUUAGCAAGGACAGAGGAUUAGUUAACCACUAGUAGGCAGAGUUGGGAUAAAUAGUUAUUUCUCAAGCUAGCAUUCAGUGCUAAGGAUGAUGAUGCUGGUGUUACAACUGAUCACAAUAUACACUAACAAUUUGGAAGAGGAGAUCACAGUGCCUAUAAAACAAAUUCAUCCCCUUUGGAAGUUUUCAUGUUUUAUUGUUUUACAACAUUGAAUCAGAGUGGAUUUAAUUUGGCUUUUUUGACCCUGAUCGACAGAAAAAGACAUUUUCAUGUCAGAGUGAAAACAGAUCUCUACAAAGUGAUUUAAAUUAAUUACAAAUAUAAAACCCAAAAUAACUGAUUGUAUUAGUAUUCAACUCCUUUAAUAUGACAGCAAAUCAUCACUGCUGCAGCCAAUUGCUUUUAGAAGUCACAUAAUUAGUUAAAUAGAGAUUGCCUGUGUGCAGUCAAAGUGUUUCAAUUGAUUGUAGUUAAAAUACACCUGUAUCUGGAAGGUCCAACUGCUGGUGAGUCAGUAUCCUGGCAAAAACUACACCAUGAAGACAAAGGAACACACCAAGAAACUCUGCAAAAAGGUUAUUGAUAAACUCAAGUCAGGAAAUGGAUACAAGAAUAUUUCCAAGUUACUGAAUAUCCCUUGGAGUACAAUUAAGUCAAUCAUAAAGAAAUAGAAAGAAUAUGGCAAAGCUGUAAAUCUGCCUAGAGCAAGUUGUCCUCAAAAUCUGAGUGACCUUGUAAGAAGGAAACUAAUGAAGGAGGCUCCCAAGAGACCUAUGACAACUCUGGAGGAGUUACAAGCUUCAAUGGCUGAGAAGGGACAGACUGCGCAUACAACAACUGUUGUCUGGGUGCUUUACCAGUCACAGAUUUAUGGGAGAGUGGCAAAGGGAAAGUCACUGUGGGGGAAAAAGAAACUUACAUGAAAUCCUGGCAAGAGUUUGCCAGAAGGGAUAUGGAGACUCUGAAGUCAGCUGGAAGAAGGUUCUAUGGUCUCAUGAAACCAAAAUUGAGCACCUUGGCCAUCAUCCUAAACACUAUGUUUGGCAUAAGCCAAAACACUGCACAUCAUUAAAAACACACCAUCCCCACUGUGAAGCAUAGUCAUACUAAAUCAUAUUGGGAUGCUUCAUGCUGCACCAGGAUCUGGAAGGCUUGUGAAGGUAGAGGGUAAAAUAAAUGCAGCAAAAUACGGGGAAAUCCUGGAGGAAAACCUGAUACAAUCUGCAAAAGAACUGCAAUUUAGGAGAAGAUUUGUUUUCCAGCAAGACAAUAACCCCAAACAUAAAGCCAAAGCUACACAAGAAUGGCUUAAAAACAACAAUGUUAAUGUCCUGGAGUGGCCAAGUCAGAGUUCAGAAUUUGUGGCAGAACUUGAAAAGGGCUGUUCACUCAUUAUCUCCAUACAAUCUGACAGCUAGAGCAGUUUUGUAAAGAAGAAUGGGUAAAAAUUGCGGUGUCCAGAUGUGCAAAGCUGAUAGAGACCUAUCCACACAGACUCAAGGUUAUAAUUUCUGCCAAAGGUACAUCUACUAAAUACUGACUUGAAGGUGUGAAUACUUUUACAAGCAAUUAUUGUGUGUUUUAUAUUUGUAAUAAAUUUAGAUCACUUUGUAGAGAUCGGUUUUCACUUAGACACAAAAGAGGCUUUUCCUGUUGAUCAGUGGUAACAAAUUCUAAAUUAAAUCCACUGUGAUUUUGUGUUGUAAAACAAUAAAACAUGAAAGUUCCAAAGGUGUGAAUACUUUUUAUAUGCACUGUAAGUGUAGGGUAUCUAAGUUUGCUGGUGACAGUACAUUUGGUGGAAAUGCAAUCUCUGCAGAGGAUGUGAAGAAUCUACAGAUAAAUUUAGAUAGGUUAGCUAAGUGGGUAAUAGGCCUGACAGAUGGAGUACAACGUUGGUGGCUGUGAAGUUAUCCAUUUAGAAGGUAAAACAGAUCAGAUUAUUUUUAAAUGAUGAAAGAUCGCAGUAUGCUGUUGCGCAGAGGGACUUGGGAGUGCUAGUGCAUGAACCACAGAGGUGCAGUGGGCAAGAAGGCAAAUGAAAUGAUGGCUUUUGUUGGUAGGGGGUUUGAAUUUAAGAGCAGAGAAGUUGCGCUGCAAUUGUGUACAGUACUGAUAAAGUUGCACCUGAAGUGCUGUGUGCAGUUCCGGUCUCCUUACUUGAGUAAAGAUAGACUUACAAGGAGAAAUUGAGUCAUUGGAAUCCAGAAAGAUGAAAGGAUAUCUGACAGAAACUUACAAAAUACAAACAUACAAAUAGAAAAGUUGUUUCACUGGUAGGUGAGACUAAAAUUAAGGAACAUAGCCUCAAGAUUCGGGGAGUAGAUUCACGUCAGAGAUGAAAGGGAACUGUUUUUCCAUAGAGUAGUGAAUCUGUAGAAUUCAGUGCCCAAAGAGGCAGUGGACUACUUGUGAAAUACAUAUUUGACACAGUUAUAGAAUUUUGCCUAGUCGGGGAUUUAAGGCUUAUGGAGUAAAGGAAGGAUUGUGGAGCUCAGUCUUCAGCCAGAUCAGCCAUAGCCUUACUGAAUGGCAGAGCAGGCUGGACAGGCCAGUUGGCCUCCUCCUGUUCCUAUUUAUACUUGUUUAUUCUUAAGUCUUUGAUGCCAUAAAUACUUAUUAGCCCAUCAUAUUGAAAAGUGCCAAACUAUUAUUAUUAAUAACAAUUAUUAUUAUCUUAUUGUGGCUCACAAAUCAGGGACAAUGGUGAAACAGUUACGUUUUACAUCUGUAUAAAAUAUCUUUUAUUUUACUGAUACCAGCAUAGCAUAUUACCUUAUGCUAUAUAACUAAAUCAAUCUAGAAAUAUAAACAUUGUCAGUUUUUUAAAUAUGGAAUAUUAAAAAAUGUGUGUAGUACUGUUCCAAAAUUUGACUUUCCAUUUGUAGUAACUGCAACUGUUCUAGGUUAUUUAGGGUGGAAAAUGAAUAUAUCUAUACUCUGGGAAAAUUUCAACAAUGCCUCCAAGGAAAGAAGGUGAACAAAUACUUAUUUUAAUAAAUGAAUGUUUUAUAUUGUUGUUUGUCUUUUUUGUGUUAUCCAAGAAAUUCUUGGGUUACGCAAUUCAUAUUGUUUAGGUCAUGUUCAACCAAAAUAACUUUAAACAGGUCUAAGUCUUGGAACAUUUCUAAAUGGAAUUCUAUAAGAACAUGUCAUUAGUAGGUUACCUGUUAAAACUGUCCGUAAAAUGCAUCUUCAAAAUCUCAGUUUACAUUUGAGAGGAAGUCAACAU